AUGUUGAUGUCUGAACAUUAUCUUCCUAACACCUUAGUUCCAACAUCCAAUGUGGUAGAGCGGAUUAGCGUGGGCCCACCGCUUCCAGACCCUUUGCCUGCAAACCGCAAGAUCGUUUCCCAUCCGCCCUCACCAACGGGUGGAAUCUUUCAGAAUAAGGCUCGGGCGCCCAUCAUGACGCCCUAUCCGAAUGUGGCGGGUGAUGCUGAGCAAAAACCUCGUGUGCUCAAGGAACCUAGCGAAGAAGGUCUCUAUACCAAAUUCCAUGCGAAAUCCAGAGGCCGAGUAGCCGUCCAUGGGGAAGUCUCUAAUGCGGAAGACAGCAGCAGAAGUACCCCGCUAGCUCUUCUACCGAACACGCCCAAGAUCGUCAUGUUUAGUACAAAUUUCAACCAACCCCGCGAGGCCAAUAAGUCUAGUAAACACCUCACACUGCAGGGAGCCUCUGGUGAAACCCUUGACGAACCACGAAGUAACCGUCGAAAUCGUCGUAAAAAGCAUAUACAUAACCGAAGUGACUCUGCCAAUAAUCAAAAUAGUGAGAUGUCAGCUCUCAUUCCAUCCUGUUUGAGCUCUUCACUCGGUUUGGACCCUGCCAGCCUUGCGGACAAGUCAAGCCCGAAAGCUAUUGGCAUCACUAGCUCUGAGAAUGGCCCCGAUUGUCAUCCUCUCUGGCCAACGCUCUACGUGAAUGGGGGCAUUGAUAACAUCGGGCUGCCGCAGGCGUUGCAAGUAUCUCGCUGUCCUAAUUUGUACUCCCCGGGAUGCACGAAUAAUAGCAGUCGUCCCUGCCAAAAUAUUGCUUCGUACAACUCACCAACCAAAUCAUGUGGUGUGUGCGCCAUCACCCCCCUUAGCGAUAUCAAUUGUGCCACGAACAACAAAUUUUCCUCCCACGAAACCAACAGUCAGCUGCUUACGAGCUUUUCAACAUCCACUGCCGAUUACACGAGUGGGUUCAAUAGUGCCCCUCAGGAGGAGUUUGGCAGGAGCUGCUCCUCUGCUCAUAUUCAGGGAUCUUUUCAAACGAAGCUAGGGGAUGAUGCGUGCGGCGUUGUGUUAGCCAAUCCCACCAAGGAUACCCCUACAGAUAGGGGGCUUGGUCUGCGUGUUCGAUUGAACCACAAGGCUCUCAUUGGUAAAGGUAGCUACGGAAUGGUUUUUCAGGCGAUGGUUCUCGACACCAACAGUGUUAUCGCGGUGAAGGAAAUCCCGAUCGGCAACUCACUGAGGUCUUCACACCGCUCUCUUGAGAGCGAUAGUAACUGCCGCCACAGCUGUGGACCUGCCGCUGAAGGUGAGCUUGAGAGAGAGGUAGUCAGGGCAUCCUCCAUGCCAUUGAAUGUUAGGAAGUUGCCUAACUCCUCGCUGAACAGCAACAACGUUGAUUUCCAUGGCAAAUUGAAGUCUGUGUGUAAGGAGUUGUCACUGAUGCGGCAACUGGAUCACCCUAACAUUGUUAAGUAUCUUGGCGAAGAAAUCGAUGACUCUUGUAUUCGUAUCUACAUGGAAUACGUCUCGGCUGGGAGCAUUAGCUCCCUUCUACGCACCUUCGGUUCUUUUCAGGAGCGACAGGUGGUGAACUUUACUCGACAGAUUCUCCGGGGCGUCGCCUACCUGCACUCCAAGGGGAUCGCCCACCAUGACCUGAAGGGAGACAACCUACUCGUGGAGCCAAGCGGUACGCUUAAGUUGGCGGACUUCGGUACCGCACAGGAGAUUCACGCAAAGAAACGCGGCAGAAAAAUCGCCGGCACGGCGUACUUCAUCGCACCUGAGGUUGUUACUCAGGGCGCCUCGAGCUUCGAGUCUGACAUCUGGUCCGUGGGUUGCUGCGUGAUUGAGAUGCUGACGGGCGUGGCGCCGCUAUCCCAUCUUGCCACAAAGUACUCCGUGAUGAUGAUGCUUGCCGAGUCCAGCGAUGAUCUCUUCAAGCACUACAUUCCGAAGGAUCAUAAUUGGUCGCUUGAUGUGGUUGAUUUUCUCAUGCAGUGCCUGCAAUGGGAUCCGGCCAAGCGACCGUCGGCGGAGCAACUUCUUAAUCACCCUUGGCUGAUGCAAGCACCAGCAGACGUCAACCCCCCUGACACCUGCGCUACGGAUGGAUCGCAUAUCCUGACGCUAAUGUGCAAGCCCACGUCCAUCCCUUCGCCAAGCGGCAUGCCGGACCAAUACAUGGAUGCCAAAGCGGGUGGCAUCCCUAGUACGGUUUCUCCCGUCAUGCUUAGCAUUGAUCCUGGCAAGAAGUCUACCUCUCACCAAAGGGAUGGCAGCAGGAGGCCGUACCGAGAUAAAACAAAACAUCAGAAAGAUCUCCCAUAUCAGACAAUGAUCUCUCUGGCAGAUUGUACGCCGUCGGAAACGAGCCAAAUCAUCACCAAAGUCAAUCCACCUUCCCUAUCAGCGUCCGCUACCUCGGAUCCUCGGAUCCCGAGUUGCUCAAGUCAACCCAUUCUACGGCAGACAAAUUGCGACGACAAGCCACCCAGCAGGCUAUGCCACACACAAGCGAAGAUUGCCGUCAAGACAGAUGAUUCGACGAGCAGGGUAGCCCCGUCCCCGAUGCGAUCGUUCCUGCCAACUAUUAACAGCGCCGUCCCUUCUACCCCAUCCUCUAUGAUGUUCAAGAAGCAGCCGGACACCCCUCCAGUUAUUCUUGACCACACCGCGAAGCCUCGCAGGUGUGCGGAUAAGGAGAUGGGUGUUGUACCGAGCGAUAUCCCCAUCGAGUCCCUGUUGGGCGUGAAGAAGUGA